UGUGCAGCGUUGCACUAGUUGGACACACACUGAUGUCGUCGUCAAUCCAUGGCCACUAAACCAUGGCCAUGAAAAUCCGGAUUGAUUGAUCCCUUCAUCUGUGUCCUUCUGUCACCAUGUUCAAAUUAGAAUCCUACAUCACGCCCAUCAUUCUCAGUUAUGUCGAGAAAUACGUCAAGAACAUUCGGGCUGAGCAUUCACAGGUCUCGUUGUGGGGAGGAGAUGUGUCGUUUAGCAAUUUGGAUCUCAGAUUAGACGUCCUGGAACAGGAGCUUCAUCUCCCGUUUUCGUUCGUGUCUGGACACAUCCAUGAGCUCCAGAUCCAUGUUCCAUGGACCAGACUCCAUGCUGAGCCCAUUGUCAUCACCAUCAACACCAUUGAAUGCGUGCUGAAACUGCCGGGCGAUGAUGAGUUCAGUGGUGAUUCCGUGGAUUCGAGUUCGGUGGGAUCCACGGGGGAGGGACCGGCGGGCACGGUCUCCAAGCGGUCCAGGAAAAGGCCCAAGAAACCCGAGACCCCGGAAGCUCCCCCGGGCUACGUCCAGUCUUUGAUCAAUAAGAUAAUUUCCAAUGUGUCGAUUGUGUGCAAUAACCUAAUCUUGAAAUACGUGGAGGAAGAUAUCGUGUUGUCCUUGAAUACUCGGAACCUGAGAUUAUCCUCGGCCAAUGAACUUUGGGAGCGAGCCUUUACGGAGUUGUCCUUGCCGGAUUUGAUCCUGCGGAAGCUACUCCAAGUCACGGAUCUCACGAUCUGCUUGGACAAACGCAAUGCGUCCGGCAAAAUUGAGACCUAUCAAGAGCCUUUACUGUAUCGAUGCUCGUUCAUGGUGCAUGCGGCGUGGUGCUACGAUUCGAUCAAUUCCAAGAUCCCCAGAGUCUCCCGAUAUGAGAUCAAGUGUCCCAAGUUGGAUUUCUCACUCACGGACACGCAAAUCCCGAUGUUCAUGCGGAUAUUGCGACUCAUGUUCGCCCUGUAUUAUGGAGAAAUUGCCCAAAGGAACCGAAAGAGAAUCGAGCACGAAUUGGAGGAUGAUACCGAUAUGCCCGAGGUUCUCGAGGAUGGUGGGGGCGGGGAUUCAUGGACUGGAUGGGCUUGGAACGUGGGUUCCUCUAUGGGGAGUGCUCUUCUUCCGAUUUAUUGGGAUGAUGAAGAGCUGGAUCUGGAUGUGCCACCAUUAGAUGCGAAAAGGGACAAGGUGCUUCACAUGGGUGUGUUCAUUGACCACGCCUCUCUAGUAUUCAAGCUGACCGAGCAACAACCCGAAAAGAGCCCCUUUGGCUCGGCCAAGCAGAUCUUCACGCCGUUUGCCAGGUUGGAUUGCUCUGGGAUGUUUCAGGAAGUGAUUGUGAAAGGCGUGGCUCUGGUGAAUGUGUCAUUGGGAGUGAGUGAGAGCCUUUUUUCUCCUGUGGGCGAAUGCUUAUGUGGUCGAAUCGACACCAAGAGUAACAACGAACCCGAAAUCCCGUUCAUCAAAAGUGGAGAAUCGGGACAUCGGAGGCAUUUGAGAGGCUCCUUGUUCGAAAAAGACUUUGGGAACGAAAAUGGACCUGCUCCGAAAGAACGUCGCCGUUCCUACUCCAUCGAUUGGGACAGUCAUCUGAUGGAACUCUCCGAGGAUAAGAUGCUUGAGCGAACCGCUUCCUUGGCCAUGGAUUAUCUUUAUUACAUGGACAUCCCGGAAGCCAUGACCUCGGAAGAGCUUUCCGAAGUCGGUCUGGACCUCGAGCAUAGCAACAUGUCCGAGAGAGCAUUGUGUCGAGUCGUGAUUGGACCCAUCAAGGUUGGGCUGUGCUCUGGAUUGUUGCACAGAAUGGAAAUUAUUCAGCAUUUAGCCUCGAAUUAUGACUAUCCACCUUAUGUGCUCCCAGUCAGAAACAAUGAUCCAGAGAGCUUUCCCAUGCCCCGAAAGGAUGAAGUGGACCAGUUAAUUCAAGGCACCCCCUUUCGCGUGUACCAAAUCAUGGCCAUCAACCCCGUGAUUCACUUGUACGUGUCGGACCACCCGAAAUUGGUGCGUUUCAAGAAAAAUGGAUUAGGCAUUCGAACCUCGAACUUCGAGAAGCUCCCUUGUUUGACCACGAAAUUGGACAGCUUGGAUGCCCAAUUGAGCACUCCUAUGUACCCCGGUCGACUCAUUCGAGUGGUUGUUCCCCUGAGUUCGCAGCUUUCAUCCACCUUGGUCCAAAGCUGCUACACCAAUAUGAUUGCCAAAGUCACAGGGCUGACAUCGUUGUUGUGUCUCGAGGACCAAUUUACGACAGUGUUCCAAGGAAGCUUGUUCCAAUGCAGCUGGAAGAAACUACUGCGACCCAAUCAAUGGUCGGAAGUGACGAGAAUUCUCUCUGACCUGCAAUUGGAUGUCAGUUCGCUCAAAUUCAGACUCACUCAUCCGCAAGUGAAAGCCAUUAUGGGGAUUAUCAAUUCGCAAUUGGACAACCACCCCAAGUCGAUGAAAUUAUCCGAUUCCAGUCUGAUGGAGGAUGCCUUGACCAAGCGAAUGUCCAGUUUGGUGUUCACCACAACCGGGAUUCACGGUCAAUACUGUGAGACAAAGACUGUUCGGUACGUCCACUGCGUAGUCGAGAAUAUGGGAAUAUCUUUGACUGAAAUGGGCCCGGACGCCUUGAAACAGAUCCCGAUAUUGACACGUCUCUCUCCAAGUCAUCCGGUGAUGACGAAUCUUCAACGAUCCCCCAUGAAGAUGUCCCCUGGAAGGGCUCAAACCAAGUCCAUGACGGGCGGGAAAGUGGCCUUUGAGUCCGACUCGUCAGGCGAACCUCUUCUUAGUUUCCAUGCUCAAGUUCCUCUGACAGAUGACCUCUCCGCCUGUCCAAGUUUGAUUCUGGGACAUAUUUGCCAAUUCGAUAUUUGCUUGGAUCCAAAACUGAUGGAUUGGUUGAUCUACGUGCCUUCAGUCAAGUUUGGAUUGACGCCCAAAGGGCCAUCCGUCAAAACUCGCUCGGAUCCCAUGGCUUCCGAUGUGAAUUUGACCAGAUCUUUCUCGGGAAGAACUGGAACAUCGGACAGAAAAACUGGGCUUUCAACUUCGCACAAACGGUCCAAACCUUUGAGUGGCCUUUCCGCUCUUUCCCGAACCAUUUGCCAUUGGUUUCCAACCUUGAACAGCAUGUUGAUUCAAAUUCGAGCCGAAGGUCAUCACAUUUACCUUCCGCAAAAGAGCAUCGCGGACUUCUCAAACAAAACCGUACAAGAGAGUGUGCACUGGGCCACCAAAAGUGAUCCAACAUUUGCCAUUCUGUGCAUUGCUUUGCCGUCUAUUAAUCUAGAAAAUGUGACCCACAAGCCCAUGAUCCAACAGUUCUUGAACUCAUUGCCAAUCAUAAUCCCGGAGAGCGUGUGGAACACGAAACGUGACAAUCUCCCUUGGACCCUAAAGCUCUCUGAAUUCUCAAUUUCCACCACGGGAUUGAAUCAGAGCGCAGAAUUCGAUUUCAUAUUGGAGCCAGUCUCCACCAGUUGUACUCUAGGCUUGUCGCUGAAGAAAUCAUCGCCCUCUGAAGAGAAUGUGGGCUUUGCCAUUCACACCGACAUGUCGCCCAUUCAGGCUCACAUUCGCGAUCACCAGCUCUUGUUUCUAGUCUCACUUUGUGAUGAUAUUCUCGGGUGCUUUGCCAAAAUGUACCCGUCCCUUCUACUUCCAACGCCGUCGAACAACUCGGAGUGUGGCUCUGCCACAGAUGCCUUGCCAUUGUCUUCACAUGAUGGGUCAACCAACACCACGGCCACAUCAAUGCCCCGUCCACCCAUGGAGUCUUGGAGUGAGACCACAUCCACUGCUCAGCUCUUUCAAGACACAGUUGAAGCAUUUAAAGAUCAGCCUUUGGGGCCAUUUUCCCUCUGGAUCCAAUGGACGGUUCCGGGGAUCUCGGUCAAGGUUUCUGCCGUCGACCAAGGCCUGCCAGUUCGGCUCCAAUUGGAUAUGGAGGACUGCCAAGCGUCCUUUGAUUGGACCAAAAUCUAUUUCAAGAUGAAAGGUCGAGUGCAAGCCGUUGGAAUUAGACAUUUCGUGAGAAAGAGCACACACACGUGGAGACCUGGUGAGAACCAUGGCAUUGUCGUCUCGUGCUCAGAUGAUAUCACCCAUGACCUUCACUUUAGCAACUCUAAGAGCAACAAUGUGGAGCAAUUGCCUCAUGCCCGACAUUUUGGAAGUGAAGCCACGUUCUUUUGUUUCACUUUUACUCGAGCAGAGAGUUCCAAUAUUCGAAAGAAAUGGAACCAAUUGAUGCGAAAAAAGACACCAGUGUCCUCAUUGCCGUUGGACGAACUCGAUCAAACGGAGCGUUUCGUCUCCGAAAUCGACAUUAAGGUCGCUCCAUUCGACAUCGUUCUAGCUCCCACUGUGGUUCUACCCUUUAUAAAGUUAUUCAGCCACAUUCUACAAUUAAAGAUUCUCCAGAUCCCCAAUGUCAACCUGGAUCCAGCUGAACGAGCUCCCCGAAACAAGAUGAUCGGGAUGUCGAUCAAUAACAACACCUCUCCCAUGGCCUAUCUCCAAACCCAGACAAUCCGUGUGUUCCUUCUAUCCGAUUCAAACGCUUAUCUCGUGGCACACCAACCGGCUUUGAAGCCCAAUUUUGUGCUCUUCACAUUGGACUCGAUAAGCGUGUCUCCUCAAGUGGACAAUCCUUUGACACGCAUCAUGGUUCGACCAGACCUGUAUCAAAUGGCCUUGCCCGUUUUGAACUUACCUGGGGCCCACAUUGAAGAUCGCCAGUAUUCCAUUGAUUUGGGGGGUUUGGGCAUCUUCACGGGUGACUGGACGGAUGUCUUGGAAAAAAGUGAGCGUCCGGUGAAGCCUGUUUUGAAAACCAUGGGAGAGAAUCCUGCUCUAGAAUGGAACACAACCAAAGAGCUCUCGGAUCAAAUAGAUCAGAAGGAAGUGCUUCUGUUGCCAUGUCUUUCCAAAUUCGACCUCAAGAUCACUGCAGCUCCGGCCAUUGUUCUCCAUUCUCGAAAGAAUGGUCGGGACAACUACAAACUGGUGGCUGGCCAUUCCUUGGAGGUCAAUGCCACGAGCGAAGUCGCUUUUUACUUGUCUUUGGCGCAGAUCGAACUUCUCAGCAGUCUCUCUUUAGAAGCCGUGAGAACGAUGAUGUUGGUCAGUGCCAAGUUCGACCUUUCGAAGGUCAGAAAGAUCGAUAGUGGCAUUGACUGUGAUGCCUCCAGUCAAAGCAAAGUUCAGCCUGAAAGUUCCAUGGAAGUUCCACCUGUGGUGAAAGAGGCCAAGCUUUUGCGGUUCGUUCCAUUUGAAACGUUGAUCACAGGGAGCAAGAUUACCUUCUCUCUAUUCAGACUGAAUGAAGAGCAACGAGGAGCCACCCAAAAAGACCGGCAGAUGUGGAGGAAGUAUAGGUACAAGCAACGUCGCAUGGAAAUCCUCCGAGAACGAGGUCAACUAACUGAGGAAUCCGACCUGGCAUCUGAGGAUGAAAAUGAAACUGCGACCCCUCCAGAUUUGGAUGUGAAGAAAACUUUGCAUGAUUAUGACGCCUCUGAAGAGGAGUCGUUGGUGGAGACGAAAAAAGAGGUUAUUAAAUUGUAUCCUCUUGCGCAAAUGGGCGUGUCUCAGCCUCACAUCUUCACAUCGUGUUCGUCAAACCAACAAAAACUCGACGUUUCCAUAUAUGAUGCCUAUGUGAACUUGGCACCCCCUGAUUAUUUCAUCACUUGUGGAGGUCGCAAGCUACCGGAGGUCAAGGAUUUCCCCAUUCAUUGGGUCCAAACAAAACCUGGCGAUGUGGACCGGAAAUCCGGAGUUCCACCACCACUAUUUGCUUUUAGUACGUCCAACUUCAUCACUUUGCCCAUAGAAAUCAAGGCCAAGGUUGAAAGGCCAUUGAAAUUUGCUUUGGGGCUGGACCUUUUGAACCAAUUCCGAGGAUUAUGGAAUGACGUCAACAAAGCAUUCCACGUCAAAGAGCUCUUGUCCAUGUUCUCAGAUCAAAGUAGAUCCGAACCAUUCCGACAAUCUCCUAAUACGAUCAAUCCUCCCGACAGUUUAGCUCAGGCUAGACAUUCACUGAGUUCAUUGUCUUCAGUCUCCAUCUCUACGAAACAGAUCGUUCUGCACUUCCCAGUCAGUGAGAAAGGGGCUUUGAUCAGUACUGAGGUGAUAAUAGGUCUCAUGGGGAUCCAAGCCUCCGCCCUGUUACGCUCCAAGUUGUCCAAAGGCCAGCAAAUUGUGGACUUUGUCGACUCAAAACUGAGAGUGGAACAGUUCUUGACUCGUAUCUCUUAUUGCGGGACUUCGCACCAAUUUACAGGUCCAUGGACUGUGAACAUGAAAAUGUCCUCCAUUUGGCUGCCACAUGACCCAAUCCCCAAUAUUACAUUUAAAAUGGAUUCGGAUCUGUUUGAGAUCCAUGUGGGACCAAGUCAUAUUCUUGCUAUGGACGUGAUUCGCCAAUAUGUUGAAGAUUUUCCAUUUGGUACAAAACCCUCUGUGGGACCAUUGAACCUCGAACACGACGAGGUGGUCAUUCAACCUGUGCCGAAAAAUGAAGAAGCCCAACUUGAGCAGAGCUAUGUCGAUGAUCUCCGUGCUGGAGCGUUCCAAUAUGUCACUAAUGAAAGUUCAGAGGAUCCAAAACCAUAUCAGGUGGUCUUUCAACGUAAGGCUAUUUCUGCCAUGACUUGGAGAUAUCCCCAGCCUAGAACCUUGACCCGAGUCUCUGUGUUCCCUGUCCCAUUCAUGAGUGCCUCAGAGUCUGGAAGGCACUCCAAUCAGGAGGAUGAGAUUGUUUGCGCCUUACAAUAUUGGGAUGGGUGUUUGGGCUCCUUUCUGACUUACUCCACUUUCAAGUUGUCAGAAUUCGAUGUCAGCCAUUUGAGCCUUCCCACCACCAAAGAUCGACAAAGAUGUGCCUUUUCUGAUAUGUGGCGAGUGGUUCUGGAUUACGACCCAGAUCAACAAGACUAUGACAAUUUGGACAGAGAGGUCAUUGUCACACCCAAGUCUUUGGUGUCAGUCAUGAGAGUGGAUUCUUACUUCAACCCGAACAUGAUCCCAAGAAUCCAAGGAUCUUUUCAUUUGCCAAGCGUAGUGCUGAACCUGAGCAACCAUUUGCACUUCCAAGGUCAGAAAUUAGCCCGACAGUACGGCAAUUAUCUCUUGAAAGAAUCCCACCCAAUGGACCAGCCUGUGGCAACCCUGAGAUUGGACUCGAGUCUUCUUGGAGUCGACAUCUGGGCCAAAGGGUUCAAAUGCUCAGAUAUUAGUGUCAAUUCCCGACUAAAGACUACACCAUCCGUCACCGUCAUAGACUAUGCUUACCUCGGGUCUCACUACAUUCUCCUUCCAACGAAAAUCCAGGUUCAAGCCAAUUGGAACCGAAAUGAAAAGGCUGAUGAACUCAAUCUAGGCAUCAAUUCUAAGCCAUUGGCCUUACGCUACGGCCAUUUUGCCCAUCACACCAUUCAAAAGACCAUGUUUGUGUGGAACCAGGUUUUGAAUCGCGAAGGGGAUGCCGAGUUGGACCCAACUAUCUUGAGACAGGAUCGUGUUUUCUCCCUCACCCAUUACCUGGUUUGCAAUAAUACACAAGUGCCGAUCCGAUUUGGACAAGUCAACACGGAAGAGAAUCAUUUGUUAUUGCCACAAAAUGCAUUCAUGUAUGCUUGGCGAAGUCCAAAGGCUAGCUUGAAACUCAGAGUAUGCGUCGAAGGUGGACUUUGGCAAUGGUGCGAGGCCUUUCCCUUGAGCCACCCCAAAACGUUUGUCGCCAACAUUGAUAACGGGGAGCAAACCACGUCUCUGGUUGUCUCCAUUCGCAACAUCACGACCACGGAAAAACAAAUUGUGAUUCAAGGUUUACUCUCCGCUGCAAGACUUUUGAAGGAUCAUCUGGAGUUGAAAGUAAUUCCUCUAGAACCCAAGGCAAACGAGGGAACCAAGUCUUCAGAGACCCUCAGCCAUGUGGAGCAAAGAGCGAUUGUUGGAAGCUUCUCAUCAGCACCCUCGUUCUUAUUAAACCCUGAUCAGGUUCAAGGCAUAAAAAUUAGGCUCCUAGGCAUUGGAACUCCUUGGUCUGGAGAGAUUCCACUUCAAAUUAAUCGAGGCCGGAACAACUCUGUUUUGGUCCGUAUCCCAACCAAAGAAAAAGGCGCCUGCUUGACUGUGUGGUGUCGCGUGGCGCAGGAGGUUCACAACGAAAUGAGGCGGUGCCUCUUACUCUUUUCCCCCAUGUAUAUGGCCAGAUCGUUGCUUCCAAAUCCAAUGAACAUACUGAUUACUCUUCCGGGUCAGAGCCAACCCCCCACUGUGAUGGAAAUUCUGGGACGGGAUGUUCCGGUUCAGUUGGAGACGAGCAAGCCCUCAGAUCAAAAAUACAAUCUGUCUUUCAAAGUGGUAGAGUCUCUGCCAGCUUCCAACCCAGUUCCAAUGUCUUGGGGAAUGAUUGAACAAGUGCGGCAUGGAAAACCCGAGCCCUUUGUGGAUAUUGACGAAAUCAUUCAAAGUGUUCCAAAAUUGGGGUCCCAACACUUGGAUACUGAGUGGCCUUUUAUCAAUGACCCGGACAUGAAAUUACCCCUCCUCGAUUGGGACAUCAAUGAGCAACCAAAGACCGAAGUUCAAGUGAAUUUCGCGCCAUUGCAUCCACUAUGCAAUACCCUUUGAGUGGAGAUCAACCCCUGGUGCCUUAUCGUAAACCAACUUGGACUCCCAUUGCUCUUAAAAGAACAACGUGGCUCUAUUUACGAGAUAGCAAAUGACUCGGUGUUGGUUCCGCCUUUUCUGACCUCCACAUUCCACCUUGGAAUGAUAGACUUAGAAGGACAGGAACCGUACUUUGGACCGGCGCUGCAGCUUUCCGAUCAGGAAUGGCGGUUUCGUCAGUUGAUGCCUGUGGUCCAAGGCAUUGUGCCCAAGGAAGGGAUCAUUCAUACCAAGAUCAUUCUGGAUCACCAGAUUUGCUUUCUGACACUUCGCUCUCGAAAUGAGAAUGGUAUGCGGAUCAUUCACAUCAAACCCACUUUCUGCAUCACCAACAAGACGCAGGAAACGCUUCAGUGUGCUCCUUUGGCUCUCAUGAAGUCUAAAAGUAAAUUGAAUGCGGACAAACUGGAUCUCGUCAACCUGGAUCUGGCUCCAGAUUCGACCACUUAUUUUCCACUUCUGUUAUGGCAAAUUGUUGGUGACCCAAUCAAGGACCAAGUUUUUGACGGAUACCAGUUCAUUGCCUUAUCCGUGAGUGAGUGUGAUUGGUCAUUGCCGCUCAAUUUGGAAGAUUCUAGAAGCAUUGAAGAGGAUCGAAGACGAACCGUCUUUCUGAACAAGAGGCAGAGUUCCAAAGGCGAGAGCUUGAACGUUGCGCUAAUCGUCACUGUGCACCAAAGGCUGGGACAAAUUUUCAUUUGCGUCAAAGAAGAGACUCAUCCCCCAAUUGUGAUUUAUAACAAUCUAACGACCGACAUUCGGGUUGGACAAAGCACGAAAGCAAUGGUUUCGGAUGACAAAUUCUGGAGCAAAACUCAUCAGAUUUGCUUGGCAGAACAUUGGACAUAUUACGCCUUUCCGUGGCUGGACAAAGGCUUUCCAUUCAGGGAUGGCCUAGUGGAUUCUCCGCACCUUGUUCUUACUUUACCGGAAAACAACGCUCUCGUUAAAGAAGAUGAGGAUUGGGACCUGGCAGACCACGGCCAUAACUGGACCCGUGAUGUCGAUGUAUUUCAUCAACAUGAAGAGUUUCUCUUACUUCCUGGAUAUGGCGAUAUCAAGAUCGUCGUCGAGAACAGAGCAUCCAUAAGCUACGUGUACGUUGAUCCCGUGUCAAAGAUUGAAAUAUCUGCCAAGGAUAUCCGCAGCCGAAUUCCCUCUUCCAACUCUCUGGUGACCCUUGAAGACACGUUUGUCUCGCUAGCAGAUGAAUCCGUUCCCAUCCAAGAAGAGAGUUUCAAGUCUCCUCAUGGGCAGAGUCCAGGGCAAAAGACGCCCAAAACGCCACUUUCAAGACCUCCAACGAGAUAUCACAGUUUCAAUGAAGACGUUCCAAAGCAAAAAAGGACGAUGUCUCUCACGCUACAGCUACUAAUGCAAGAAGUGAGCCUGGCUCUCACAGAUGAUUGUCUAGAUGGUUCCAACGAGAAAGACGAAUUCGUCCGUUUCACCUUCGACACCAUAUUCGCUUGCUAUCGACCCAAAACGAACUUUGCAAAAUUGAUGCGCUGUCUGCAAAACCAACUAGCCGAGGACCGUGAGCUCUUAGUUCUCAUUGGGAACAUUCAAUUGGAUAACCAAAUGUUCUACCGAUAUUCUUUUGAUUAUCCAGUGAUCUUGUUGGGACGAGACGAACCUGAAGUCAAACGGAAUAUUACGUCUACCCUUCAGACUCAACAGAACAUUGACCAGAUUCAAGCUCAAAGUCUUGUCCAUGUGAAUGUUUUAUUUGAGUCCAACGAAUCAAGGAUGGUAACUAAAAGCGUGCACGUCAAGUCCCGACCUCUGGCAGUGAACUUGGAAGACAAGUUCAUCUAUAAGCUCUUGGACAUUUUCGGAUCCUUUGGAAGUGAUGCAAGCCAUCUGAGCCCACAAUCAUUGAAUUCGCGAGACAAUUUUCAGCUUCCUCGGGCAAUUCGUUUGGCUUCGUCCACCAUUGAGGAGGUGAUGUCCUUGAACGAGAUCCUUAUCGAGCCUUUGGACGUGUCUGUCAGUAUUCAUGCCUCGAUCAAGGUCUUCAUUGGAUUGGAACAGUCGCCUUUAAACUUUUCAAAUUUCCACAAGAAGGGACUGAGAACCACUAGUUACUCUUUAGGCCAGAUGUUAGCUCGUCACUAUAUUUCUGGGGCCCUCUUUCGCGCCGGUUGGGUGGUUGGGAGCUUGGACAUGAUUGGAUGUCCUUCGGGUCUGACCAGAUCUGUUGGCGAUGGACUGAAGGAUUUCAUUGCUUUACCCUACCACGGCAUCUUACAAGGACCAUGGGCCUUCAUUGGAGGUAUGGCAUACGGAUCGACCAGUUUGGUGAAGCAUGUGAGUGCUGGCACGCUUACCUCCAUGACCAGUUUCGCCAGUAGCAUGUCCCGCAAUCUGGACAGAUUGUCCUUGGAUCAAGAGCAUUGCAGCCGAAACGAGCUCCUUCGACGAGAGAAGCCUCAAGGGCUUGGCCAAGGAUUAGUUAAUGGCCUAAGCGGGGUUGGGAUCAGUCUUCUUGGUGCUGUGGGGGGUCUAGCGCACCAUCCCAUACAUGCCUUAAUGGAGCAAGGAGCCUCACCAACUGGUUUGGUCUCGGGGUUGACACGUGGACUGGUGGGGGUGGUUACCAAGCCCUUGGGUGGGGCAGCCGAAUUCGUCGCCCAAACCGGUCAAGGCCUAUUGCAUGGCACUGGCUGGAAUAAGAACCUUAAACAAAGAUACCGCUCCAUGCCUGAUCACGUGUGUUCUUUCGUGGGAAGCCGACUAAAGUAUUCGUGGAAGCUUCUUGGACCGGCCAUCAACCUCCAGAAGAGCAAGCUCCUCUUCACGGCAGACGUAAUUCAAGGAAAGAGCUUCUCACCGGUCCUCUUGAUUCUAACCGUGAAAGGAAUCCACAUUAUCUUGGCAGAAGAGGAUGCUCAAGACAGUUUUCAUGGUCUGGAGGUUCUUAGCACUUCUGGUUGCCAUGAGGACCCAACAAAAUUUACGAUCCACGUUCAGGAGAAAGAACGCGCGGAUGAGCCUCCCCAUGAGUUAGUGGAACAAAAUCGAGUUGUGAAGGAGCGGAUCACGCAGUUCGUCAUGGAGACUUCAGAAUUCCAUGGUCUUGUGUCUGAUCUGGAAUCUAAUGACGAAGACGAGCCAAUUUCAUCAAUUCCCAAGGCUAAGGAGUCUCCUUCAGAUUUGAUCUUCUUCUCUAGCCCGGCUGUUUGUGCCACAUUUCUUGGAAUUUUCGACAUCGCCAAGCGUCAGCUUUGUCAUGAGGGAUUUCAUAUGCUGUAAUGUUUUGAGUUGGUCAGUGAUUUCUGUGAUAUAGUUUAGUAAUAUUUUUAAGUUUUGCAAGUUUGAAGGUUUAUUUGCACCCUCAAUUUAAAAAAAAAUAAAUGCCGGAAAAGCCA